CGGCCACAAUCAACAAAUAUGCAUAUGAUUUUCUACUUCAAAUUAAUAGGUAAAGAAAGGAUUUAAAGAUCUAGAAAGAUUUACAGAUAAAUCCUAUACAGUAUUUAAAAUGUCGCUGGCGUUAAUCUAAGCCAGGCAAGAUGGGUUUUCUCAUUUAAAUAUGUCUGGGGUGAUGAGCGCGUCCAACCGGUUGACAGAGGCAACCGAGUGCGCUGCUGUCCUGCGAGCUCUUCUCGUUUCAACGACUACUGAACAAGAGGUCCUUUUACUUGAAAAGCUUAGGGAAUUCUUAAAGCCUAUUUGCUCUGUUGCGACGGUAAGUGAGGAUGAAUGCGAAAGAGAAUGGCUUCGAGGAGAAAAUAUUGAAGAUGACAACCCGUUUCCAAGUUGGGAUCCUUCAGCAUUGUUUGAAGAGCAAAGACAACUCGACCAGUUUACGUUUUAUGUUUUUGAACGGAGAUAUGGACGCACUGAGUUUCUUAUCAAUUCAAACGAAAACACGGAUGAUUUAGAUGGAAUUAGCUGGUCUCCUUCGUCUCCAAGAGCGCCUGAAGACACUAGAUUUCUGACGAGAUUGAAUGAACUCCUUGACGAGCAUUUGAAAUGGUUUGUAGCCCAACCACUUAGCAGACAGCUGUUAGAGAGUCAUAAAUAUGCUGUGCUACAAGCUCAUAACAUGCCAGUUGUCAGGAACCAUACAUGUGUGCAUAUAAUGGAAUGGCUGAAACUGUUCUCAGACCAAGGCUUCAGUGAUCAAGUAUUUCCAUUGGUGAAGGCUUUGAUAGUGUCUGGCAUCACAGAUGUCUGGUCUGCUAUAAGAAACACUUGUGUAGCAAGAUUAGCUCAAAUUUUGGAACACUUUACUCUUCAUCAAGCCCAUAUUUUUUACAGUGAAUUAAUCAAGAUUUGUCACUCCAAGGAGAGUUCAUGGCAGGCUGUAGAAGGAGCAGUCAUGGGAAUGACAACACUAGUGAGGAGGUUUAGUUGGACAGGUGUAAUGAAACAACACAUCAACAAUAAUACUAAAGAUGACACAGCUGAAUACAUGCUCAAGUUUGGAAAGUGUGAGCARAGUACACUGCCUUCUUUCAUCCUUGAUUCUGUUCAUUCUGUGCUGUAUUCUUUACUUGCUCAUCCUCAACUCAGCAUCAGAGAUCAAGCAACAAAAGCUUUCUCCUCUAUCCUCUCAAGAUGUGAAUUUCAGCAAGCUUUCUCUGCUUUCCAAGAAGUUGUACAUAGAUUGUGUAAAGGAAUCCAAGAAACUUCCAAAUCUAAAGAAAACAAUACAACAGAGCUGCCACAUAUGGCUGUACUUAGGUCAGAAUUUAAAUUUCUUGAGGCAUAUGAAGCUGAGGGUCUACUUGGAGUAUGUGUCUUUCUUAUCAAGCACAUUCCUCCAGGGUAUUUACUUCCAACAUGGCCACUUUACUUCUCAACCUUUAACCUCUACCUUAUGCACCCUGCAUCUACUGUACGACAAGCGACCAGUGCAGUAUUCAAGUUUCUAGUUGCCAAAGAAAGUAGCAGUCCAGUUCUUCUCAAGCUUGUUCUGCAAGGUUUAGCAGCAGACUGGCAAGUAGACACUGAAAUUUUGACCUCAGACCUCCAGCAACAUGUAACUAGUGGAGAUCAAUAUAUACAAAACACUGACAACCACAGGGUUCCCACCCCUGAGACAAGAACUAGAAUAUCCCCUCUGCCACCAAAAACAUCAGUAGCUUCGACGUCUCAAGCACGUACAGCUAGUCCUUCUCCAGACAUGGCUAUGGUGUCUAACAUCUGUGAUUUAGGUGUGGAGGGGGUAUCCCAUUUGGCUAGUAAAAGAGGGUCUGUUUCUGGAAAGCAUCCACUACUGAAGAAUCAGAGGAUUAGUAUGAGAAAUGUACAGAAGUUAUUAGAAGAUAAUUCAUCCAAAGCAACAGUGCACCUUGUGUCGCAGUCAUGGGAGUGGAGAGAAGGACGACUACUGGCAUAUGAACUGAUCCUCAAGUUCCUCAUAGCAAACCACAUUCAUUAUAUAUUUCCAACAUUUGCACUUUCCAGAAGUAGUGCUUCUGCUUCUGCAUCUGUGGAUGAGAAUCUGAUCAGUGGACAAGGCAGGCAAAGGUCAUGGACUGAUGCAUCUUUGAUGCCAAUACAUGCUGAGUGUCCAAACAACCUUAAGGAAGAAGCCAUUGUAUCAGUACAGAAAGAAAGGCGUCAGUCUGAUACCUCUCCUCCAUCAAGCCAACUAAAAAGUAGCAGUUUUGGAGCUAUUUCAUCCCAGAUGUCUAAUAGCUUUACUCCUAUGACAAUCAAGGAAGAUGAAAGUGUAUACAUUGAAGCUGUUUCUUCGUCUAAGCAGAGCCCAACUUGUACAAGGGAAGCUUGGAGCAGACAACCAAAGCGAGCGUCAUCCUUCAGCAUAGUUGAUGAUGAUGCAAUUAGAACAAGAAAACUUAUUCGUCAGUAUUCAGUUACUUGUCAAACAUAUCCAAAACGACCCUUCAGACCUCCAAAAUCCAAUGAAGUGGCUGUUGCUAAUUCUUUACUCUGCCAAGCUGCCAAUUUAGGAAUUGAUAAAAAUAACUCCAAACCUUCUUUACUGGUUUCAGGAUCUAUUAGUGAGAUAGUUAAAUGCUUAGCUUCACCUCUGGGAAAAAUUGAUCAAGAAACUACAGAUGGUUUGUUGCAUUACAACAAAGGGAUGACUUCUGAUAAUUCAAGUAAAGACAAGGAUAAUUUACCUGAAUGGGCUGUACACCUUGAACUAGAGUCUCUUACUUGUGUCCUUACUCAGAUCCUUUUCCAGACAGUAGAAUGUUUAGGUGAUUCUAGAUGGGAGCUGCGUAGAAUGGGACAGCAGCUUCUUCCUGUAGUGGCAGAGACUAUACGAUGGUUCAAUAUGGCACCUCUAGCUUACUUAUGGGACCAUCACCUUACAAGAGAGAAUACCUUACUGUGUUAUGGGGCUUGUAUUGCCUUGAGGAACUCUAUAUCUCAUGCUGGGAGGUUAAGAUAUUAUCUUGAUCAACCACCAUCUACAUGGAAGGACCCAGAGCGCUGCAGUCGUGCUGCCAUGUUAAUUGUUAAUGAAGUGAAGAAAGGUCUCCAAAUCUGGCUUAGCAAGGUCCAUGGAAUCUUAAAAUACUCUGGUUACGACAAGCUUUCAGUAGUAGCCAUGGAAACGAUUAUGCUGUCUCAUCUUUAUUUCCACUCUAGUUUGGGCGUUGACCAGAAACUCGAAGCAGAAGAUCAGAUUCUAACUAUGUUAUUGUGUGCGUUUGCCUAUUCAUUCCCAGACAAGCCUCUGAGCUCGUCUUUAAAGUCUUUUUGUCAUAUACAAACAGCUCCAUUCAAUAUCCCUCUAGAUGGCUUCUUAAGUUGUUCUACAAGACCAGAAUCCACCGAGAAAAACGCUCAACAGUUUGGCAAGCACUUUUUCUCAGAAGCUCACAUAGCAUUUAAGAAUUUCUUGAAAACCAAUCAAGUAGACAAAGUGGUUGUAGUAUUCCCUGUUCUUAUCCAUUAUAUCGAAGUAUUCUUAGAAGAGACUGCCAUUUGUCAUUCUCUAGUGGAUGGUUUGCAGUAUAUCUUGUCCAGAACGAAGGAGCUUACCAAGACUAGCAAGGACAGAGAGUCGAUCCAUGACCUGGUACAGACGUACUUUAACUAUGCUUUGAUCGGUGUCAGUGAAGUUAUCAUGUCUACUAAGCCUUUAGAUCUGACCACAUUGAGACAGCUACUAGAAAUGUCACUGAAGGCUUGCGAAUUCCUGGACCAGCCAACAUUGACCCACAUCUUCAGAGCCAUCAGCCAAAGAGUCGACUAUGAACCAGAUCUUCUUCGCUUGAUUGGUGAGGAGAGUCCAAGUCGAACAAACACACCAGACCUAUACAGACUUAGUAAUGAUAUCCCUACUAGCCCUGUAGAUGAGCCAGGCAUCCCUGUGGACGAGGAGGACGAGGAGUCUGUGGAUAAUGUUGGGUUGUUGCGUGAGUCCGUGGCUCUAGAUGCAUCACAUGGUAGUGGUAGAGGAACCCCACGCAUGGCUCCACAGAAUGACGAUGAAGGAUCAGACAUGUCUGACUGGGAUAGCUGGGAAGAGGAAGAAGAGGAUCAGUCGGCCCUUAUUGCAGUAUUUGCAGAUUUUCUACGGAACUUACAGAACAUGUACGAGGCUAAAGUCGAUCAAGAAAUCUCCGUGUUUAGUAAGCAGCUUCAAAAAUGUACGUUAAUAGAGCGACAGGCUAUAGCAAGUGUGAUGCAUUCAUAGGACCAAGGCGGAAGAAAACAGUAACACCCCACCAGUGCACGCCAAAUUUGAAAUUCAAGAAAUCAAAAGAAUUUUAUAGUGAUUGAAGCUAUAUAUAUCAUCCAGAUGGUAUGCCUAGCUGCUUCGAGGACAUGCUUUAGUAGGCAAAUUUGAAAUUCAAGAAAUCAAAAGAAUUUUAUAGUGAUUGAAGCUAUAUAUAUCAUCCAGAUGGUAUGCCUAGCUGCUUCGAGGACAUGCCUUAGUAGGCAACAAAAUGUCCUGUUGACGGCAUAUAGAGCUACUUGGAGCUUUGCAACUUUCUAAAAGGACAAACCAAUCAUAGCUCGCGAAAAAUCCUUUAGUUUACUGCUCAUCCAAUCAGAAUCAAUGAAACACACAGUCACGAUAUCAUCCAGUCAUGGCGCGGCGCGACACCACGCGCCCGCUAAAUUUCACCAGUCAUGCAAGAACAGCAGCUAUCAUUCUUGCGUCUUUAGAUAGUUCUUAAAACUCACAUUUUACUAUUAAAUUAAGUUUCUUUAUUUAUUAACACCGUUACCGCUUUUCACCGGUACUUAAAAUAACGUUACUUCCCAGACAUUCCAGUGUUUGGACAUUUUCUUAUCUUUGUACAAAUUGUGAGACAAACGAGUCUUUCAAAUAUUUAUUGCAUUUUAAUAUGCAGUUAUUUCCAUAAGGGUUGUCUUUUAGAUUCUGAAUACUCAGAGUGACUUGUAUCUUGAAUCAGCGCGAUAAAUUAUAAUAGUCAUAACUAGGAUUUCGAUUACAUGAAGAUAUUAGGGUGACCCUAUUGCCUUUGCUCGCGCGCUAGAGCCAUUUAACAGGCCUUUAGAAGCCAAAACGAAGUUAAAUGGUGAUGCGCAAUUCAUGAUGCAAUAUUAAGUAUUUAUGAGACAACCUCAUUCUUAAGAUAAUUGAAUCUAAAUAUGUUAGAGUGUAAACCAACUAUCCGCGAAAAAGCUAACUAACAAAAUUGUAUAGAUCAGUGCAAAAUUUUGUAGAUCUACUGAGAUCUACUGAACUUACUAAUUUGUGCAAUUCUUACAAAAUUAUUGAGGGGAUGUUGUAUGCACUCUAUUCAUGAAUUUCUGAUUGCACUUUCGUUAUUAACUGUUAGGUAUUUGUUAACAAUUAUCAAACUCCCUCCCUCAAACCGCACUUUACCGUUAAAGUUAAAGGAACGGGUAGGAUCGAACCGAGAGAGACGGAUAAAAAAGCUAGUGACACUUGUUGCUAUUUUUCUCGCCGCACGAAAAUUCGCUAAUUUUUUGAAUAGCUGAUUUUUCAUGUUGGGUCUUAUUUUGACACAGCAAAACAACAAACGUCUUGCAAAAAAAAAAAAAAAAAAAAAAAAAAAAAAA